GGAUAUCAGAGUGGUAUCUAUAAAAGCUGCUCCGCUGCUCUUUGUUUUUCAAAACCUGACAGAACCCGGAGCAGUUUGAGUCGAUUACCGGUGGGAAUCAUUUGUUUAGUAAAAAUGCAGAUCUUUGUGAAGACCCUGACUGGCAAGACCAUCACUUUGGAGGUGGAGCCCAGCGACACCAUUGAAAAUGUCAAGGCUAAGAUCCAGGAUAAAGAAGGCAUCCCUCCUGACCAGCAGCGUCUCAUCUUUGCUGGCAAACAGCUGGAAGAUGGCCGCACCCUCUCUGACUACAACAUCCAGAAGGAGUCCACCCUCCACCUUGUGCUCCGUCUGAGAGGUGGUAUGCAGAUUUUUGUGAAGACCCUGACUGGCAAGACAAUCACCCUGGAGGUGGAGCCAAGUGACACCAUUGAAAAUGUCAAGGCUAAGAUCCAGGAUAAGGAAGGCAUCCCUCCUGACCAGCAGCGUCUCAUCUUUGCUGGCAAACAGCUGGAAGAUGGCCGCACCCUCUCUGACUACAACAUCCAGAAGGAGUCCACCCUUCACCUGGUCCUGCGCCUGAGGGGAGGCAUGCAGAUCUUUGUCAAAACCCUGACCGGCAAGACCAUCACCCUGGAGGUGGAGCCCAGCGACACCAUCGAGAACGUGAAAGCUAAGAUCCAGGAUAAGGAAGGCAUCCCUCCUGACCAGCAGCGUCUCAUCUUUGCUGGCAAACAGCUGGAAGACGGCCGCACCCUCUCUGACUACAACAUCCAGAAGGAGUCCACCCUCCACCUUGUGCUCCGUCUGAGAGGUGGUAUGCAGAUUUUUGUGAAGACCCUGACUGGCAAGACCAUAACUUUGGAGGUGGAGCCCAGUGACACCAUUGAGAACGUGAAGGCCAAAAUCCAGGAUAAGGAAGGCAUCCCUCCUGACCAGCAGCGUCUCAUCUUUGCUGGCAAACAGCUGGAAGACGGCCGCACCCUCUCUGACUACAACAUCCAGAAGGAGUCCACUCUUCACCUGGUCCUGCGCCUGAGGGGAGGCAUGCAGAUCUUCGUGAAGACCCUGACUGGCAAGACCAUCACCCUGGAGGUGGAGCCAAGUGACACCAUUGAGAACGUGAAAGCUAAGAUCCAGGAUAAGGAAGGCAUCCCUCCUGACCAGCAGAGGCUGAUCUUUGCUGGAAAGCAGCUGGAAGACGGCCGCACCCUCUCUGACUACAACAUCCAGAAGGAGUCCACCCUCCACCUUGUGCUCCGUCUCCGUGGAGGAAACUAAAUCUGCUCAAAGAAGUCUCAGUAAACCCACCUAGUAUUCCAGUGUUAAUCGCUCAUUCUGCUCCAGCUGUCAGUAACUACUUUUUUUUUUUAAAUAUAAUUUUCAAUAAAGGUUGAGCAUUCCUGACUUUUGCUUUCAGUGACUUUUUAAUAAUUUAACUUUGCCUUUUUAAUGCUUUAGCUGAAAGUUGGCUUUGAUGUGAUUUUGGGUAACUUUCAUCAUUUAACGGAAAAUAAACGAAUGCCAAGUUAAUGAUAAAAUUGCUUGUGGUAAAAGUGGUCCAACUUCGAUAAAGUUCACUAAAUGGUUUAAAUUAUCAGCCUGGAAGAAGAAAUGUUCAUUGUAUUCUGAGCUGCAGAGCCUUUAAAAUGCUGCUGUUAAAAUGUCGUCUCACAAAUAAAGUGACUUCAAACUGU